AGAGUCGCGGAGGCGGACUCUGGGUGGGAGUGGGGAGCGCAGGUUCAGAGUGACUGAUAGGGUUUGGGGAUCGGAGACUGAAUUUGAAAUCUUGGACUGGAGGCGAAGUUGGUGGGGCAGGAUCUUCAAGUGGAGGGAGUUUGAAGCUGGGACCUGCGGUAUUUGGAGAAGCGAGAGAACCAGGGAAGGAACUUUUGGGGCAGGGAAUCUGGAGAUUGGGACAGUUCCGGGCUCCCUGACGGGUUGAAUUCGAGGGUCUGGUGUUCUGGAGAAGGUGGGAGGGGUUGGGGCUGGGAUCCCCGGCACUUGGAGAAGCGAGAGAACCAGGGGCAAGCCGUCUUGGUUUCCCAGACGCAGUGGCGGAGAGAGGGUUCUGGGGAGAGUCCUGUGUUCAGAUCUUGGAGCCGGGGGGUGAGGGGGCUCUGGAGGUGAAGUGGAGAGUUUGCUUGAAAGACAGGAGAAUAGGCGAAAGGUCUCAAAAUUGAGAGACCUAGUGUCCCAAACGGAGUGGAUGGGAGAGCAUUUGUAGUCUUUGAACGAUGUGUUGGCGCCUGGGUCCCUGGACGCGAGAGCAGUUUGGGGGAAGACUCCAGGGCCUUCUGGGGCCCGAAAGAUCGGAAGAAAGCGAUGUUAGAGCUGCAGCCUGGGUGGGGGAGGGGUGUUCCGGGCGCGGAGCUCUGACCCGCAGCCCUGGAGGCAGCGGAGGGCGGGGCCCUGCAGGCGCCGGGCCGCUGAACGUCCGGGUUCCCUUCCCCCACCCGCUCCGGGCGUCAGUGCGCAUGCCCUGGGGAGGGUGGGGGAGGUUCUUCCUGUGGCGUGCGGAGCUCCCUGGGGAUGGCAGUGCACGCUCGAGUCUACGUGUGUACCUGGCGGCUAUUGGCCCACAUUUCCCAGAAGCCCUAGGACCACGUUGGGGCGUGGCUGGCUGCUGAAGGGCGCUCCGUGAAGGGGGCGGGGCCUGCACAGGACCGAGGUCUGGUUGGGUAGGUCGGGAGGGGUGGGGCUUGGCGUGAAUCGAGUUCUAGCAAGUUUUUCUACGGCUACGGGGCCUCACGGAGGGGGAAGCAGAAGGCGGGGGCGGAGGGAAGGAGGAAGGAGCCUUCUCUCCGGUUGGGAGCGCUCAGUCAGUUAGGAGAACAUCGUGGACAGAAAUAGACUCUGAAAGAAGAGGCUUGACAAAUAGGUGAGGUGCCCAAACAGGGCUCCCGGUGGCUUGAAUAUAGUAGCACUCAGUGAGGAAACUGAUGCCCAGAGAGGUCAUGUCACAUCACGUCCCAAAAUCGCACAGGGCACCAUGGUAGGAGGCUUGAAGAGGAAACACUCCGACUUGGAGGAAGAAGAGGAGGAGAAGUGGGACUGGGGUCCAGCAGGCCUUCGAAGCUACCAGCAAGCCCUGCUCCGAAUUUCCCUGGACAAAGUUCAGCGGAGCCUCGGCCCCCGAGCACCGAGCCUCCGAAGGCACGUCCUCAUCCAUAACACCCUCCAGCAGCUUCAGGCCGCGCUUUGUCUGGCUCCAGCACCUGCCUUGCCCCCUGAGCCCCUUUUCCUGGGUGAGGAGGACUUCUCCUUGUCAACCACCAUUGGCUCUAUUCUCAGGGAGCUAGAGACUUCCAUGGACGAGACCGAGACCCCUCAGAAUCCAGUGGCUCCCCCGGGUCCCCAGAAUGAAGAGCUGCCCCAGCCUGAUCCAGUCUUCUUAGAAGCUCUGAGCUCUCGGUACCUGGGGGACUCAGGUCUGGAUGAUUUUUUUCUGGACAUUGACACAUCCACUGUGGAGAAGGAGCCUGCACUGGCCCCACCGGAGCCUCCUCACAACUUCUUCUGUACCCCAGGGUCCUGGGAGUGGAAUGAACUAGAUCACAUCAUGGAAAUCAUUCUGGGAUCCUAAAACUUGGAUGAUUGAAGGGUGCUCCCUCCACAUCUCAGCCUCAGUGGGCUGGAUCCCUGAGUGCAUGUGCGUGCGUGCGUGCGUGCGUGCGUGCGUGUGUGCGUGUGUGUGUGUGUGUUGGUGGAGGCUUUAAGCAGUGGCUGGCCUCCUUUCCUCCCAUAUCAGGGUUCCAUAAACUGUAUUGCGCACGUGCGUGCGUGUGUGUCUGGUUACCGAAGCCUUCUGUGAAGGUGGGUCUUCCUGAAUUAAUUUAUCUGUUCCAAAUGCCUUAAUGAGACUCUGUUUCUAGGAGUCUGAUUUCCCACUGCCACAUUUCUUCUGCCUUCUCCUCCAGUUCUUACUCCUUUUGUGACCACUGGGCCUCAGGGAAGAUAAGCUGGGCCUGUCAAAGAAUGACUGAGAAGCUGCCUCUUGUACCUGGAAGGAGUAGGAGGGGCCGGCCUCCUCCCCCAAGGCUGAACCCCACCUCCUUGGCAGGACCCAGUCCCAGCAGCCUCCUGAUGUUAACCAGGCCGGACCACGUGCAAUAGGUGGAAACCAAACUGCUCCGUGCCGCGUUAUUUAAAAGAAAGGCGGGUUUUGUGGUGGUUUGGGGGUGGGGUAGGGGGGAGGUUUUAAUUGUAAUUAUUAUUUUUUUUUUAAUAAAAGUAUUU